AUGGUCAAAUAUGCACCCCGGGAAGUCGAUUUGCUAAUAGUGGGAGCAGGUCUCCACGGCCUCACAAUGGCCAAAACCUACCUGCAGACCGACCCAUCCGCGAAUAUCCUCGUGGUCGACGAGGCCGCUUCGGUCGGGGGAACGUGGGCCCGUGAGAGGCUAUACCCAGGGCUUGUCACGAACAAUGUAUUUGGCUCGUACGAGCUGAGCGACUUUCCCUUGGUGCCGGAGAAAUACGGCGUCGCUGGUGUUGGACAUAUCCCUGGCAGUGUAGCUCACAGCUACUUCUGUGAUGUAGCUGACUACUUUGGUAUUACGCCAUGUUUGAUGUUGCGACGGCGGGUUGCGCGCGCGACUCUCGAUGAGCGUUGGUGGAUUGUGCGUGUUGAGUGCGUCGACGGGUCCAAGGAAGCGGAGGAUAUUAUUGCGAGGAGGCUGGUUAUUGCUACGGGUCUGACGUCUACACCAAGUAUCCCUCAACUGCCAGGCUCGGAUCGUUUCACGGGCUUGAUGCUGCAUUCGAAGCAGUUAAAGGAACAAGCGCAUACCUUGGCAAAGUGUCAAAAUGUGGUCGUGCUCGGCGCGAACAAGUCUGCGUGGGAUGUGUGCUAUAGGGCUGCCAAGUCUGGCGCACAGGUCCACAUGGUGAUUCGACCCUCCGGUGGAGGACCGAGUUAUGUCUGGCCGAGAUCGUUCUUCAUCGGGCCGUGGAAGGUCUCUUUGGCAAAGAUAUCCGCCACGCGAGGGUUUUCCCUGUUUGAUCCUACGCUGUUCGGGGAGAGGGGCGCGUUUUCUUGGAUCCGUGAGUUUCUCCACCGUACGCUUGUUGGUAGUUGGUUAUGUCAGUUGUUUUGGAGCUGUCUUGAUAAGCAUAUCAAGUCGAUUAACGGGUAUCGUGGGAAUCCAGAGGUGCAGAAGCUGGAGCCGUGGACGACGCCCUUUUGGAUGGGUAACUCGCUGAGUAUUCAUAAUUAUGAGACCAGCUGGUUUGACCUCGUUCGCGAGGGAAAGAUCCAUGUUCACAUUGCCCGAGUUACAGACGUCUCCACGAACAGCGUCCAUAUUGCAGGUGAAACCGAAGAGACCCUAAAUGCAGAUGCGAUUGUGUGCUGCACGGGGUGGAAGGCAGAAGUCCCGGUGGACAUCCCCUCUACUACCUGUGACAAACAAUAUGCAAAGGCCCACGAUGAGAUACUCCAGAGGAUUCCUUACCUCUCGUCAUCUCAAAGAACUCGCAAUGCCCCCCCAACUGGGCAAAAGAACCAGACGUCGGAAACCGUACCCGCUCCAGAGCUCUACCGACACAUUGUCCCGUGCGAUAGGGACUCCCUUCGAACUCGCAAUAUUGCGUUCAUUGGGAUGCACUCCUGUCUACAUGCUUUUAUCGUGGCUCAGGCCCAGGCGCUAUGGAUCACCGCUUUCUUCGAGGAUCAAGUAAAUCAUCUCCGUGAUGUGGAUCAUGAAGUUGUUGAGUAUAACACCGCGCUGCACAGCGCAUAUACGCGGCUACGACGGCCCAAAGAGCUGGGUGGAUCAGGCGGAAAAUAUCCCGACUUGGUGUUUGAUAGCUUGCCGUAUGUUGAUGUUCUACUGAAUGAUGUGGCGGUCGAGUCGAAUCGAAAGGGGAGUUGGUGGAGGGAGCUCACGGAGCCAUAUCGCCCUGGUGAUUAUGUUGGAUUGGUAGACGAGUGGCUGGUCAGGACGAGUAGCUAG